AUGGGGCUCCAAACAAGCUCCGGCUUUACACUACUGUUUGUGUUCUUGACCUAUGUGGUUCCCAUAUUUGGUGGCUGGUGGGCCGACGUUUACGUGGGCCGGUAUAAUGCGAUCAUGGCUGGGGUGAUAAUUUGUGGCCUCGCCCACACAAUUCACAUCGUCGAAGGGUCCAUCCUAUGCCUCUCCGCCCUUCAUCCUCGGCCUACUGUAGUAGCUGUCGGCGCUGGAAUAUUCAAACCGAAUGUUUCACCCAUUAUCCUGGACCAAAUUCGCCAGAAGAAAGCCUACACCAAGCAGCUCAAGUUUGGUGAAAAGGUCAUCGUUGAUCUAGAUGCCACGACUACAAGGACCAUGUUGAUCUUUUACGGUUUUAUAAACAUCGGUGCUUUCUUUAUGCUUGCUACUACAUAUGCUGAGAAGUAUGUUGGGUACUGGCUGUCAUCCCUGUUAACGGGAGUAAUUCAUUUGCUACUCCUAAUUCUACUUUUAGCGGUUCGCAAUAUAACUUAUAAGGAACCGCCCAGUGGAGGAUCUGAGCUCAGCCGAGCAUGGAGGAUCACAACGACCGCCUUUAAGGAGAACAAGUUUCAAGUAUGGCCUACGAACUUCUGGGAUGCAGCAAACCCCAUCACCCUACGAAGUAGGGGUAUCACAGUGGACUGGACAAUAGAUGUAGUGAAUGAUGUUGCGAGGACCCUCGGCGCAAGCGAUGUGUUCUUGUUUUUCCCCAUCUUGAACCUCAACGUCGGUGGUAUCGGCUCGGUUGGGGCGAACCAAGGAGUAGCCAUGAUCACCAACGGAGCCCCGAACGAUAUUCUAAACAACUUCAGCGCAUUGACAAUCAUUAUCGUGAUCCCAUUCUUGACCUUUACGAACUGGGAUAUGCGCGAUCACCUCCAAGUAUGA